AUGCUUCCUCCCUUUGACUACUUCGAGUAUCGCCGCAUACGGAACCAAAAGCAGGCGGAACGAGACCUCCGCUUCGCUUCCCUGCCUCAUCCGUAUCAUCUCCACCUCACAGCAUCGGAUAAGAAGAUCAUUGAUCAGCCCAUCCAAGACCUAGUCCGGGAUAUCCAAAGCUCCACGGCAUCGGCUCUAACUGUUCUUCGCACCUACGGCAAGGUUGCUGUGCGGGCUCAGAAGCGUACCAACUGUAUUACUGAGCUCUUGCUCCCGGAAGCAGAAUCAUGGCUUGAUUCGGAAGUGAACCUCAAGGGGCCUUUGGCGGGGAUUCCCGUCUCACUCAAGGAUUCUGUCCAGGUCAAGGGUUUUGAUACCACCCUCGGCUACUCCGCAUUGGCAGGAAAGCCUUUCACCGAGGAUGGACCAAUGACAAAGUUGCUCAAGGAUGCCGGAGCUAUUCCUUAUGCGAAGACUGCUCUGCCUAUCACCCUUCUCUCAUUUGAGUCUUCUAACGGACUUUGGGGCCCCUGCCUCAACCCUCAUGUGCCUGAGUAUUCGCCUGGUGGCUCUACCGGUGGUGAAGGCUCUCUGCUGGCACAGGGUGGCCGUAUCGGUAUCGGCUCAGAUGUUGCUGGAUCGGUGCGUGUGCCAGCUGCGUGGAGUGGGAUUUAUUCGCUCCGUUGCAGUACAGGUCGCUGGCCUAAGGCCGGUGUGAGCACCAGUAUGGCGGGCCAGGAGGGCAUUCCAAGUGUCUUUAGCCCAAUGGCUCGUACCUUGAAUGACUUGACCUAUUUCACUCGUGCCAUGAUUGGCAUGGAGCCGUGGAAGUAUGACAAUACUGUGCAUCCGAUUGCGUGGCGGGAUGAGCUUGAGGCCGAUGCGAAGGCCAAGCCUCUUCGGAUUGGAUUGAUGAGAAACGACGGUGUGGUUCCACCAACUCCUGCUAUUGAGCGUGCCAUUUCCACCACGGUCGCCGCCUUGACUGAAGCCGGCCACACGGUGACUGAGAUCAUGACACCCGAUGGAGCCGAUCCCCUGACUGGCCUUGAUCUUGCAUCCCAACUCCUGAACUCUGACGGUUGUCAUCAUUUCAACGUCCCCUUCCGCAGCUUCGAGCCGACUGAUCCUGGCGCUUACCAGCUGACCCGUGUCGCACACCUGCCCCGUCCCUUGCGCUACCUCUAUUACCUCUACGUGCGCUACAUCAAGCGCGAUCGGAUCCUUGCCACGCUAAUUCGAAAUUUCGGCCCCAAGUCCUCUGCACAGGUGUGGCCGUUGGUCGCGCAACGCGAGGCCUUCCGGGCCACCUGGCACAAGUGGUGGAACGCAGAGCCUCAGCAAUUUGAUUUCAUUUUGUGCCCUGUCAAUGCCACGCCGGCCUUGCCACACAAGGCCAUGUUCGACGCCAUGUCUUCAUGUGGCUAUACUUUUCUCUGGAAUCUGCUGGAUUAUACAGCGGGCGUCUUACCUGUGGGCCAUGUUGACGCCGUGCGUGAUGCCCUGGUAGCUCCGUACCAGACUAUGCUGCAGCACCUGGGUAGCAAUCAUGCUGUGGCGCGCGGGGCCUGGAAACAUUAUGAUUCUGCCAAGAUGAGUGGUCUGCCGACGGCCGUGCAGGUCGUUGGUCGCCGUUGGCAAGAGGAGCAGGUUCUUGGGUACAUGGCUGUCGUGGAGAAUGCACUGGAGCAGUACAUCGAUCCACAGACUGGCGAGAGUGCCAAAUAUAGCCUACUUGACAUUGAUUGA